UUCCAAUCAACGAUGGACAGUAAACAACCGCCUCCGCCGCCUGGCUACAAUCAACCCCCAGGGUACGGCCAACCCUCGGGGUACAGUCAGCCCCCACCACCCCCGGGCUACCCGGGGAGCACGGUGGUGGUGACCCAGCCAGUACACAUGAACCCCUACAUGUUCCGGGAAUUUGGGGUUCAGAUGCAGUGCCCCCAAUGUCAGGCGACCAUUACCACAUCCACCAGAUAUGAGGUCGGAACACUCACAUGGGUGGCGUGUUUUGUUAUUGCUGUUGUUGGAUGUUGGCUGGGAUGUUGUCUGAUUCCGUUCUGUGUUGAUGGAUGUAAGGACGUGAUCCACUCUUGUCCAAACUGUAAACAGGAUGUCGGCCGAUACAACAGAAUGUAAACAAAACUUACGGAGAAAUGACUUGGUUCCUAUUAGGUCAGCCCUAACUUCAGGGAUUCAUGAGAAAAACUAAAGGAUCUGAUUCUUUACGUUUUCUGAAUACAUUUCAACAUACUGUUUAUGCACUUGGUAAAGUAAUAACAUUAUUUCCGCGAAAUCAAAAGAAUUAGAUGUUUUUUAAAAAGGCUAGAAUUAAGGCUUAACUGAUAUCAUACUAUGAAAUUUAAUUUAUUGGUUGGUAUUUUAUACAAAAUUAAGUCAUGAUAUUGUAAAUUUUGCAUUCACUUCCAACUGUUGGAUUCAAACCUUAUGACAAUGUACUCCUACAAGUUUUAGAGUAUUGUUUCUUUGUAUAUAUACCUUAUACAAUACUGAGGAUUACUAUAGUAUCUUCUUAUUUACUUUCCUGGAUGAGAACGUGUUGUUAUAUCAUUCUUAUGACAUUUUUAUGUGAUAUAUCAUCAUUAUGAUAUCUUUCAUGAUAUCUUUUUAAUGUGAUACAUCAUCAUUUUUAUGAUAUUUUUUAAGUGACUUUUUUUUGUUUCGAAAUUCAAAUAUUUGUGGAAGAAAACUGCUGGGACUAAUUUAUUGUGAAUUUUUCGUGAUUUAUCUUUGCAAAGAUAAUUUAUAUACAUAUUUAU